AUGAAUGAAGAAAACAAAUAUAACGAAAGAUCUGUAUAUACAGAAGGUUUGAAUUUUGAGAGUAUCCUUAUUAAGCUCUCUUUUUCAAGUGUAGCAAAUUAUAACUACAAAAGAUUAGAAAAUUAAGAAGAGCUUCAAUGUAAAAAUUAAUUUUCAUGUUCUACAAAUAAGAUAAAAUAAGAAUAAAUUAAUGAUGAUUUAUUUAAGUUUUGUGCUUUUAGGUUAGUGAAUGAAAUAUUUGAAGAAUCUUAUGACAUUUAGAUCAUAAAUAUGAACAAUUUUUUCUGUAGUCCUAACUAUUUGUUUUAUUAAUAAUUUUUUUUUAGAUUAGCAAUAGAUUAAAAUUUAUGCAUGAUAAUGAUGCUUACUAAUUAAAACGCAGAAGAAAAACUCAAAGUCCUUGAAAAUAUUUGCAAAUAUAAGAUUACCUUUAAAGAAAAAGACAAUAAUUUUGUUAGUGAGCCAUAAAAAAAGUUGAAAAAGUAUGCUGAAAAUGUUGCUGAGUAUUAUUUAAGUAGAAAUCCUAAGCUGAUAGAAUAUUACUCUACAAUCGAUCUAACUCCUGUAGUAACAAAUAGUAUUUAUCAUGAAUCUGAAUAAUGUUUAAGAAUGAUUCAGGAAUAUAAAUAAAAAGAAGAAAAAUUAGUUUUGAAGAAUAAAUAAUUUAUAGAAGAUAAAAGUUAGAAAGAACAAAUCAAUUAUGAAAUUGAAUUCUACAAGUUUAUAAAUAAGCAUUACAAUUCAUGCUUAAAUACAAAGCAAAAAUAAAUAACAUCACAAACAAAAUUAAAUUAAGAGCAAUAAAAUGAAAUAGAGACAUCAACUCAAAUUUUUAACAAUUAAACAAGCGAUAUAAAUACAUAAAAAGAUUAUAGUAAAGAGUUACAGAAAGAAAAAUAAUCAUAUGAAUUUUUAACAGAAAAAUAUGAAAGUUAAAAAGGCUAAAAUUUUAUAGAAAUUUCAUAAUAAGAGCAAUAACAGUAUAUUUAAUGGAGUGACAAAUAGACAAUAAGCUAUAAAUAAAUAAAGAUAUAGAAUUAAAUUAAAGAUGAUGAAACUAUUCUUGCUAAUAAUAAUUAGUAAAAAUAAAAUGAUCUGGAAAAAGAAACUAAUAAUUAUAUUUUAUACCCUCAACAACAAGAAUAAACAAAAGAAUUAUUCAACACACAGGAAAUGAAGAAUGUUACUUAAGAGUAAACAAAUUUAGAAGAAUAAACUGAUGAUAAUUCUUAUACAUACUCUGAAAAUAAUCAAAGAAAUACUAAUAGAAAUCAAUUAAGCUUGAUAGAAAAGAGAUUUGAUUUAAUGCACUUAAAUUAAUUAACUUAAAAAUUAAUCAAUUCAAAUGGUAUGUUAAAAAUAGGAAUUUUAGGCUAAGGAGGUUAGGGAAAUGUUGAACUUUAUUAUGACUUUAAAAAUAAAAAAAGAUAUGCACUAAAAUGUUUUUCUGAUUCUCAUUAAUAUUUAGCUGAAAAGAAAAUACACAUCAAAUAUUUAUUAGAAGACAAAAACAGUAUUUUAGCUUCUUACGUUUGCUAAUUAGUUUCUUUUAAAGAUUCUGAUUGCUAACUACUUUUUGAAAUAGGUUUGUGUAGUUUAAAUGAAGCAAAUCAGAUUUUGUAAAAGAAUAAUUAUUAAAUUAGCACGAGUUAUUUUGUAAAUAUUUUAAUUAAAAUUAUAUCUUUCAAUAUUUAAAUGAAUAAAAUUAAAUUAUUCCAUGGCGAUAUCAAACCAUAGAAUAUCGUAAUUUAUUAUGAUUAAGAUGAAUAGGCUGUAUAACAAGAACUUGGAUUUUUAUUGUAUGAUUUUAGAAAUGUUCAAAUUAAAUUGAUAGAUUUUGGUAGUUGCUCUGAUGAUCUAUGUGAUUACUAUGGCUAUGUCACAAAAAAAUAUAAAUAUUUAGGAUAUUUUAAUUAGGAAUUAGAUUUCUAAAAAAUGCUAUUUGCUGAAACAUAUAGUGCAUGUAAAUCCAUUUACUUUUUGUUAGAUGAACAACUGAUUUAGAAAAUGUAAAAUUUUAAAUGUGAUUUGAAAUAAAUUACCUGUCAAUAAUCAGAAAAUACAUAAGAAAAUAAAUUACUCUUUUUUUUAUUAAUGUUUUUGGGAUAAAAUUAAGUUUAGUCUAUCUUUUCAGAAAAUGGAAUAUCGAUUGAUAUUCUUAUAUAUUUGACAUAAAAAUAUUUGGGAUAAGUAGAUGAAACUAAUUAACACUUUAAAUUUGACUUUUUUGAUGCCUUAUAAAGAGGUCAAUGGAAUAAGAUAUAAGAAAUAGAAUAUUCUACUCAUAACUAAUCUGUAGAAUAUAAGAUUAUUUGUGCAUUUGCUUUCAGAAAUAAUUUAAAAGCAGCAUUUAGUGAAUAGUUUGUUUAGCAGGAUAAUUUGAAUCAAAAAAUAUCUAAGAUUCAAAGUCUAAUAUAAAGCUUUGAAAUAGUUGCAACUUAUGAUAGCUUUUCAGAGGAAGAAUUAUACUUUAUUGAAUAAGAUAUUGCUUAAAAAUAUCAUAUUUUAACAGAAGAAUCAUAUUUAUAAUUCCUUUAACUAGCCUGCAUGUUAUAUUGUCAUAGCUAAAAAAAUAACUGCAAUUCAAUUAUAAAAAUUAUUUUAGAAAAAAAUGUUAAUAGAUAAUCGAACUAAGUUUUGGAUAUAAUAUUAGAUAUUUUUAAGCAUAUUUUGAAUGAAAUUUAUUUAAAUAUUUUUGAUUUAAUUGAAAAAAUUUAUUUUAUUGAAAUUUAAGAGCAAAAUUAUGAGUUAUUUAAUAGCAUUUUUUAUGAAUUCAUAAUCACAUUCAUUUUAGAGCAAUAAAGUGAUUUUGAUGAAGAAACAUCUUUAAUAAUAUUGGAUAUUUUAGAGAGAAUUAUAAGCAACUAGAAUUUAAACAUUUUUUAGAAGAAGUUUUUCACUCAUAUUUAUCUUUAUUUCUCUCACUGCACAUAAAAAGACGAUGAUAAAAAAUAUUUUAAAAUAUUUUUAAAUUAUAAAUAAAUGUGUAAAGAUUUAACAGCUGUAUUGGAAUACGACUCCAUUUUAUUUUACAACUACAGAAUUAAGAAAUCAAAAUAGAAAGACUCUCUACCAAUUAACAUAAAUGAAGCUACAUAACAAUCCAACACUUCUAAGAAAGCAGAUCUUAAAUUAAAAGCUAUAGCUUUGAAGCUUAAUAAGCAAAAAGAUUACGAAUUAGACUUGGCAAGAUAAUUUUAAAGAUAUUACGAUUUAGCUAUUGAAAUAUUUUGA